AUGCCAAGAGGAUCGAGACGCAGGGGCAAAAGUAAACGGCUCGAGAGGAAGGGUCCUCGGGCAGCGAACGAGUCCCCCGAAGGCAGCGUUGCCAACGGUGACGAGCCACCCUCGCAGGUUUCUCCCCACGGUGGGCACGACUUGAUCCCGGAUCGCAACCCCCGUCGACAUGGCCACCGCAGCCCCGGAGCCGGGAGGGACAACAACCUACCCCCCAGGGCCAGACCGGAGCCAAGCCGCCGCUCGCACCACGAGACCGGCACCCAGGCCCGCAACACCCAGCCCUUCGGCCCAGCCAACCAGCCCCACCGGGUCCCCCAACCUGCGACCCGUCCCCUCCCACCCUCCUCCCGGCGCGGCUGCUCGUAUCCCCCGCCUGACGGCGGUGCGUCCUCCUGCUCGGCCUGCGCCGUCAUCCGCGCCGCCAACGGCCGGCUCUACCGGGACCUGCUGGCCGGGCUGAGCCGGGGCCGACGCUUCCUGGACGCGUGGGCCGACGACGUCGGCGUCGGCGAGGGCUCCACCAUCGAGGAGAUGGAGUGGCAGCCCGAGCCCACCACCUACAUCGUCCCCGUCCCCGUCCACGUCCCCGGCCCCGCCGCGGAGCGCCGCCUCAGCGACAUGCGCCGCCUGGUCUUCGCCGCCGACGCUGCUGCUGCUGCCGCGCGCCGCAUGCCCACGUCCGCCGUGGCGGUGGGUCCCGGCAUGGCCGCCGCCUGGCAUGGGAUGCCCACCGCGCUGGCGGCCGGGGUGCCGGCGAUGGGAUUGCCGGGUCCCGAUCGGGCGGGGGCGGCGCUGGCGCACACCUGCAGGGAGUACGAGAUGGGAGCCGCCGCGGUCCACCACCACCACCAGGGCCACAGCCUGGGCGGCGUUUUCCGCCGGGACGGGCAUACCAGCAUCCCGCCGUCCUACCUCAAACCCCCCGCUCCGAGGGCCGACGCGGGGACACGGGGGGCCGGCGGCGGCGGCGCGAGCGACGGGCGCGAGCACGGCGGCCCCGGGACAGCCAGGCGUCCGGCGACGCUUACGCGGAUCUCGUGUGGUCGGACUCGCGAUCCGGACCUGGAGCUGGCCGAGGCUGUCAGGGCUCGCGGUGGGGCGGCGGACGACGCCAUCGCUGCGUUCGGGGAGUUGCGUCCUGUCAUGGAAGGCAGGUCUACCGUUGCGAGGAAGAUUCUGGGUGAUUUGCUGACAAGGAAAAAUUAG